UGCGCUAUAAUUGAAAUGGCGCAUUUGGCUGCAGGCAGGUUGUGAGGGCGCUUUCUGCAGCAGCAUGCAUGCAUGUCCAUAGACGUCAUUUGAUUUUAAUGGCCUGCAGGAAAUUUGGCGUUACAACUCCAGACAUUAAGGCAAAGAGAGGGAGAGACAGAGGGAGAGACAGAGGGAGCGGGGACACUGGGGGAAAAUCACCGCAUGAAAAAAAGAUAUUGGUUCAAGGAUAUCUCUUCACUUCCAACAUAUUUUUCCUGCUGGGACUUUAUCAACAAGUUACUACGCCUUUCUUGCAUGUUGCCUGAGUGAAGGACUAUGGCAGCUCGCCUGGUUUUAAACUUUACAUUCAGACUGGAGAUGGGGAUGGAAAUGUAUGCCUACUAGCUGGAACUGCCUGGGGAGCUGUUACAUCAGACGAAGUGACAAUGAUUAAAAUCUGCUUUUUGCUGCUCUAAAUCUAUUGAGCGAUUAUCAGCUGCCGGUUAGGUUUCCGUCCCCCCCUCUAAAUCACAACUUCAUUACGAUCUACUUUUGCCGGCAAAAGAAAAAUAAGUUAUUAAAUCUGUACAGUCAUAAUUUCGGGAGUAGAAGGGUAUCACGUUUUCUUCCUUGAGAAAAUUGCCUGGGCGAGAGAGUGGAGUUGAGCUAAUUGUAGCCUAAUCCCUGGCCCAGAGGCGCUUGGGCAGCCCGGAGCGAGAAUUUUCUUUUUUAGCUCUGCUCUGUUAUUUAGAGACGGAUUAUUGGCUUUCUUCUUCUCAUAACAAACCACAGGGGCAGUUUCAUUUAGGCAAAAAAGCAGACAAGAAGCCGAAAUACGAAGCAGGAUUCCAACAAGAGCGCACAUUUUACGCGUAUCCAAAUAAGAGCAAAGAAGGGGAAGGAGAUCAUCUCAUCUAUGUACAAGGAGGGAAGAAGCAUGUCACGGCUGUCACUGACCCGGUCCCCGGUCUCUCCCCUGGCCGCUCAGGGGAUCCCUCUGCCGGCUCAGCUGACCAAGUCGAACGCUCCGGUGCACAUCGAUGUCGGGGGACACAUGUACACCAGCAGCCUGGCGACCCUUACCAAGUGCCCAGACUCAAGAAUCAGUCGUCUGUUCAAUGGCACCGAGCCCAUCGUGUUGGACAGCUUGAAGCAGCACUACUUCAUAGAUCGGGACGGCGAGAUAUUCCGCUACAUUCUCAGUUUCCUCAGGACCAGCAAAUUGCUCCUUCCAGAUGACUUCAAGGACUUCCACCUGCUGUACGAGGAGGCACGCUUUUACCAGCUGACGCCCAUGAUCAAGGAGCUGGAGCGCUGGAAGCAGGAGCGGGAGCAGCGGCGGAUGGCCCAGCCCUGUGACUGCCUGGUUGUUCGUGUCACCCCAGACCUGGGCGAGAGGAUCGCCCUGAGCGGGGAAAAGGUGCUCAUUGAGGAGAUCUUUCCUGAGACCGGAGACGUCAUGUGUAACUCAGUCAAUGCUGGCUGGAACCAGGACCCAACACACGUCAUCCGCUUCCCCCUCAAUGGCUACUGCAGACUCAACUCUGUCCAGGUGCUGGAACGUCUCUUCCAGAAGGGUUUCAGCGUGGCAGCAUCCUGUGGAGGCGGUGUGGACUCUUCCCAGUUCAGCGAGUACGUAUUAUGUCGCGAGGACCGGAGGAGUCUGUCCAUCAACACUCCCAUCAGGAUAAAACAGGAACCCCUGGACUAGAGCAUUCUGGGAGAGGGACUGCUAAACAAACCCUGAUGAUCCUUCAUCUUCCACACCCUUCCCAACCCUUCUCCCCUUCCUCAGUGUCCUAAAAGAACCACAACCACCCCAAGAUACCGAAGUAUUAGCAGAGGCUUGACUUGGCCAGCUCUGCAGAACUCUAAGGGGAAUGUAGAACCAAAUAAAGGAAAAGAAACAUCAGCGUUACAGGUUUUUGAUUAUGUUAUAUAAUGCCCAAAGAAUCUGGGACCUUGACGAAAGGAACAACAACGACAAAUGGACUGAACUGCAGCUAACUUGAACCAUUUUAGCAUCAAGACUGGAAGAUCUUUUUUCCUUGUUUUACUAUCAAAGAAAUGUCCUGACCCCUUUGCGGGCAACACAAAUGCAAAUUCCUUCAGUCCAAGUCUCCUCAUGAAACAUAGAAAUGAAACAAAACCAUUUCCUUUAGCAGUGUAUCAUCCACUCAUGUUUCUGUAUGGAUCCCAUGUUUUGUCUGAGAGGUGAUGGGUCCGGCCUGCUUUGGGACAAGGGAACUUUGGCAGACAGAGCAUGACAUGAAAAAGGACAUUCCAUUUUGUGACUCCCCCAAAAGACCCUCAAUUCCUGAAAAAGGCCAUGUCCCCUCACUCUACUUGUCUUUCUAUUGAAGGACAGGCCACGACGAAAACAGCCAAAUUUGUCAGACUGAUUGUUUAUUACAAUUUUCAUUGUUGUUUCUAAAGUAUGCUCCUUUUGCUGUUUUUAUCACGACAUGGUGUAAACAAUUAUUAUUAAUAGGAUUAUUUUUAAUGUCUCUUUUUCCUGUCUCCAAUAUGAAGGAUGUAUGAACGUUAUAUUCAUUAGGCUUCGCGAGCCUGUGAGGGAGCAUUUUCUUGGCAGUAGCUGCAGAAACUCAGAUGUCUUCAGGCUAUGUGGCUAAAGCGAUCUGGCUGGCAAUGCUUUCAGAGCCGGAAAAAGUCCCAAUUGUUUAAACGGCAAUGGAAGAGAACCUGGAUGUUUUGACAUUGUCUUUAGUCAAAUGUGAAGCACACAUUAAAAACAGUGCUCUGAAAUUUCUGCUUUUCAGCUCCAAAAUCUUGGUUGUCUGAUUGGAUUCUCUCUUACGAGUAUGAGCCUUUGUAGAGGAGGUUUGAGAAAGUUUGUCAAAUUGAAAUUCAGGUUGAAGUUGCACAGCUCCCAAAGUAUAUUGCAGUUUCGUUGAGUACGAAUGUUAAGACUUGAGGACCAAUGUGGAGAUUUGAUGUUUACCAGUAUGUCUUGUGAUCAGCCAGAGAUGUACUCUAAAUGCUUAAUGUUUCUUUGCACUUAAACAUUUCCUGCCCUGUUCAAACUCCUGUUUGAACCCAGUGCCCUUUGCCCAACCAAACUGUUAAUCUUCACAUUAACAUUAAACACAUUUAAAACGUAAAUUAGAACAAAUAAUUUAGGUGCCAAAGGAGAUGAGGUGCUUAUUUUUGUUGAUUGUACAACCAAAAAGGCAUAAUCUCUUUUUAUAGCACAAAGCUAAAGAGGACACAAUAGACAUUUGAAGGGCCCCAGUGUUUGUUCCCCCAGGCCUCCAGUCUUGACAGUUUUGUUGAGAAAAGCUCACAGUACCUUCAAAGUUUAAGACACUCUCUGUUUGUUUCUAUAUUGUCACUUCUAAGCCAAGCUGAUUUCAAUGCUUCUUCACAUGUAUGUAUGGCAGAAGCCAGUGUGAACUACUCCCAGCAUCAGAGCGUUGUUCACAAAGAGGCGAGUGGGUGGCAUUUACUCCAUCCUGCUCUCGUUCUUUUGGUCUUAUUCUCAACAUUUCUGGAUCAAAGACAAAAACAAGAAAGGCCAAGUUUUCAUGCUUUAUAUUUGUGUGUAACUUACAGAUGCUGUUUCUUCCAUUACAAAAGACAUGAUAAAAACGAUCAAUCCAGGCUCUAACGGUUGAGUUUAACAGGGGUUAUUUUUUAUUAACUAGUUAUUCAUUAAAAAAAUGGCUGGCAGUUGCCUAUGACCAUAUUGUCUUGAUAUCUGCUCUCUCCGGAUGGCUGCUGAUUAAACAAGGCCAAUGAGUGGAUAAAGAUGAGCUUGGUGUCGCUCCCAGUCCAGAGCCCUCCUACCCAGGGGGGGUCUCUCUCUCUCUCUCUCUCUCUUUCACAAUCAAGCCCAUCUUUGUUCUGACCUGCCAGUGGCAUGCGCCUUGCAUCCAGUCGCCUCAAAGGGAAUGGUCAACCAGGCCUUUCAUGUGCCGAGGCAUGUUGGGCUUUUCACAGCCCCCUCCCCACCCUCCCCUGCCUCCUCAAGGACUCCCAGCUCAGCGGUGCCAGUAGAAAGUCGGGUUGCACCCCCUGCUGCUGUGUCAUCCCCCAUUGCCCUGGUUUUCAAAAAUGCCCUCCUGGACCACACCGCAACCAACCAAACAAGCUGAUGAGUCAAAUGUGAGUGUACUGAGAACACACUGUACAGCCAGGAGACUCUGUGGCUGAUCCCCAGAUCUUUGAUCCAGUUCAUGUGAGGUGUGGAAACUCAUCUGGGUUAGCUCUUGAAGAAACAGGGGUAAAAAAAAAAACCCACUGUUGUACUGCAGCCACACAUCUGUGAGAGUUCAUUCCUUCAGGGAGGAAGCGAAGAAGGCAUUUUUUCUCACUGAUGUGGCAUUUUGGAAUCACAGAAAUUGGCUUUAAGCAGAUUUGUAGAGCUAAGGGGUUAUGCUUUUGUGAUUUAAAACACAAGUGACCAAUCAGACCUGCACAUUGCAGGAUUGGCUCCCUCUGUCUGCAAUAACCAAACUUGGCAACGCCCCGAACAAUUGACAGGUUGAUAACAGAGUUAGACAGGAACUGGAAACUCAAUAGAUGUGUCUUCACAAGCUACCGUUUCCGAUGACGGACUGGUCAAGGUUUCAGCCACUUCACUUGGCAUUCACUCCCCCAGUUGUACAGUUAUUGUAUAUUGAAUUAUAAGGACUCAGGGUUUUACUGGACCCUCGUGUUUUUAAAGAGACCUCUUAGUCCUCUUCACCAAAAGAAUGAAAAGAAUUCAAAGAGUUACAUUGUGUACAUAUGGAUUAAACAUUUCAAAGGGUAUCAUAAGGUGCAAAUGUAUAUUAUUUAAAGUGUUUAAAACAAUUAGACUGUGGUAUUAAAGGGCAUGUGUUCAUUUACAGUGUCUCUGUUUGACUUUUCUUGCAUAUUUGCGAUAAUAAAAGGAUGUACUGUA